AUGUGCAUGUUUUUAGGAUUGUGGGAGGAAGCUGGAGCACCUGGAGAAAACCCACGCAGACACAGGGAGAACAUGCAAACUCCACAUAGAAGGGCCCAGACCGGGAUUCGAAGCUGGAACCUUCUUGCUAUGAGAUUACUCUGUAGACUCACACAGCAUUCAGAGAGGAGCACCUUUUCUUCCGAAAAGUGUACUGCUGCACCACAGCUACAAAAGGAGACUCGUCAACAGGAACCUGCCAUGGCUCUGCGCCCUCGUGCUUCCUCUCAGCCUGGAAAACUUUCCUUUUUCCAGAGUCCCAAGGUAGCUUCGGCCCUUCGACCACGGGCUGUUUCCUCGCGGUCAGGCUCCAUGCUGGAAGAGGAGCUGUCUUGUCCAGUCUGCAGUGAAAUCUUCAAGGAGCCCGUGGUGCUGAAGUGCAGCCACAGCUUCUGCCGGGCCUGUCUGCAGCAGUUCUGGAACAAGAAGAAGGCCAGACGGGAGUGUCCGGUCUGCAGGAGGAAGUGCUCCCUGACUGAGCCCACAGUCAGUCUGGUGCUGAAGAAUGUAGCUGACACUUUCCUGAGGGAGCAGGAGCGCAAGACAGCUGGAACAGGGGCAGGGGCCGGGGCCGGCGGGGCAGGGGAUCAAGCAGAAUUGCUGGAGGAGAAGUGCAUCGCGCACGAGGAAGUUAUCAAGCUCUUCUGUCUGGAUGACUUUGAAGUCCUCUGCUGUGUGUGUCACACCUCCAAGAAGCACCAGGGACACAGAGUUUGCCCGUUGGAAGAGGGAGCUCAGGACCUGAAGGCAGAGAUGAAGAAAGAGCUGAUUCCUCUCAAGAAAAACCUGCGGUGCCUCUAUGAAGCCAAGCAGGAGUGUGAUGACACAACUGUGCACAUCAAGAACCAGACUCAGGCCACAGAGAAGCAGAUCAAAGAGGAGUUUGAGCAGCUGCGGGAGUUUCUGCAGAAGGAAGAGACGGUUCGACUGGCUGCCCUGAAGCUGGAGGACGAGGAGAAGAAAGAGCUGAUGAGGAAGAAGUCAGAGAGCAUCACCAGCGCUAUCCUCACCUUCUCUCAUGCUAUCAUUGCCAUUGAGAAUGAGAUUGCUUCGAGUGAUGCUCUCUUCCUUAUGAAUUAUGCCAACACAAAGAAAAGAGCACAGAUCUCACCAAAGGAUCCAGGAAAAGUUUCAGGUGCUCUCAUAAAUGUGGCCAAGCAUGUCAGUUCCCUCAAGUUCCAUGUGUGGGAGAAGAUGGUGGAGCUGGUUCAGUACACACCCAUCACCCUGGACCCCAACACUGCCUAUUCCUGGUUGUCCCUCUCCUCAGACCUGACCAGUGUAGCCAACAGUGGAUCAAUCCAGCAGCUCCCAGACAAUCCUGAACGUUUUGGCCAUUUUGUGUUCGUGCUGGGCUCAGAGGGCUUCACUUCGGGCCGUCACGCAUGGGAAGUAGAAGUGGGCGACAAGACAGACUGGAUGCUCGGGGUGGUCAAGGAGUCCAUCGACAGAAAAGGCCGCAUCUCAGGCUGUCCCGAGGGUGGCUUUUGGAUGAUCUCACACUAUGAGGGAGAGUACUCCGCCAUGACGAGGCCCAGCACACCGCUGCGGCCAGAAGGAGAGCUGACCCGAGUCAGGGUUCAGCUGGACUACGACUCCGGAGAGGUGACCUUCUCCAACCCUGUCAGCAUGACGCCCAUCUAUACCUUCACUGACUUCUUCACUGAGAAGAUGUACCCGUUCUUCUGCCCUGGAGCCAACAUCAAUGGCAAUAACCCCAACCCACUUAAGAUCUGCCCAGCCAAGGUGGCAGUGUGGAACAGUGCAACAUGGUGAUUUUAGAGUGCCUUAAGAAGUAUUUCAAAUUUAAGGAAUUACCAAGUGGGAUUUAGUAAUUUAAGCAGGCGAUGUCAAUGUUGUGUAAAAAGACCAUGAUAGAAACAAAGUAAUUAGAACAAGUCUUCAAAAAUAAAAAAAUCAAGGCACUCUGUUGGGAAAACAGCCUUUAUUCAUUCAAUUAGAAACAAAUAUGCGAAAAGUAAGCAGAUUCACAACCGAAUCAAACAAAGAGCCUGUUUGACCUGAGUCAAUCGUAAAGUUACCAGGCAAUGGUAUCGCCUUUAUAAUCCAGGAAGGCUCCAUUUUGCUUCACGGUCAGGGAAGUAAUCACACGAAGCAUCCCCUGCACACUCUCUGUGACAUCAAUCUCCCCCUGGUGGUCAGAAAGGCACAGGAGGUCAAUUCUCCUCACUCUUGCGUAACAAAAGGACUGUCAACGUCUAACGUGUUUCAGACCUUUAUUUUCAAUGUAAAAAAUUUCUAUCUCAUAUUUUCAGUCCUGAUAUGGGUCACUUGCUGCAGCCGGAGGUUCCCUUGAGAGACAGUGAAAUGUUUUCAAAAAUCUUAAAAAUGAUGCAUAUCAUUGUGUAUGCAUCACCGGUGGUAUGUAGGGUCACAGGAGAAAUGUGAGUGCAAAGAAAUUGCAAACUUUAAAGGCUAAAAAUUAACUUUCAAGAAGCCAAAUGCUUGAAUGAAACAAGGCAAUGCUGUCCAUUUUACAACAACAAUUCCUUAUUUGAAAUUUGAAAAACUGGAUCUGUGUGAUGAUACCAGCAGGCAGCAGCAAGAUUUUUCAAACUGGUGUAACUCGUAUGUAUACUUCUGAUGAGAAUCCCCACAGCUACUUCACAAAGCAGCACAAACAGUACGUUUCACACUUGUAGCUAUCAGAAUAGUUUACACUUUAUCUUGGUGAUCUGCAUUUGAGUCCAUAAAACUAAACUUUAGUGUUAUGUUUUAUGAAUGUGAUUCUCUUCUGUUUAAUGAUUUUCAGAAAAAGAGUAACCUUUUGUCAUGUAUUUCAUAACAGGUGUGUCUGACUUGGUAAUCCUGCUUUGUGUGAUGCCCUUAGUACUGUUUUGUGAUUAGUACAGGUGGAUUACUUAUUACUUUGCACAUGAACGCCUGAAAAUCAGCUCUGAGCCAAGUACGUGAAGUGAGUAUCAAUGUCCUGCAAAGUGAAUGAAGCCUGCUAAGAUCUGUGCAGUACAUUAAUACUCAAAAUGUGAAUGCAGCAUGCAUGCGUUGUGAUCUCUCAACCAAUAAACUAAUACCCAUA